AUGUCGAGCCGGUCCGGGAGGAGAGUCGGGUGGCUGAGAAAUUUUUCAAGGAAUCAAUGUUGCGAUGAAUUUGGUAGUACAGAACAGCUUGAUAUUUUACAGUCAGUGGAUGAUUUUCUUGUUGAUGGGACAUUCAAGUUGAAUUUGCACCACACUGGUAUCCUCGAUCAUUUAUGCUUUAUGCUUGAUUUUGAACAAGCAUGUAUUAAUGUUUUGGAUGCCAGUUUUCCCCAUAUUGCCCUGUCUGGAUGUUAUUUUCAUUUAAGACAAAGUAUCCAUCGUCAAAUUCAAUCACUUGGUUAUCAAACUCAAUAUCAAAACGACCCUAUAUUUGCACAUAAUAUUCCCAAGAUUGCCGCCGCAUUAGCCUUCAUCCACCCAGAUGUUGUUAUAAAUGCAUUUGAACGUUUAUCCUCAAAUCUUGGCGAUGAAAUGAUACCAUCUACUAUUGAAAUGAUACCAUUCAUCUAUAAAAAAAAUAACAUUUUGUUGAUUAAACUUACGUGCUUGGCUAGACAUAAUGAGGAUCGCUGA